AUGUUUCAGUUAGUCAGGACGUCAGCUUUAACCCGCACUUUACAACAUUUCACAAAAACUUCCUUGUCGGGAGCAGCAUGUGCAGCUCGUAGUAGUGGUGCUCUUACCUCUUCUUUCUCGACUACCGCUUCUACGCACGAGAGAUACACUCUGCCGGACCUACCAUACGACUAUAAUGUAAUACAAGCCCUUGAGCCAAUCAUUUCCGCUGAAAUAAUGGAAGUUCAUCACAAGAAACACCACCAAGCGUAUGUUAAUGGUUUAAUUGUCGCUGAGGAGAAGUAUCAACAGGCGUUACAUGAAAAAGAUGUUGCUACACAGAUUGCUUUGCAACCAGCUUUGAAGUUCAACGGUGGAGGUCAUAUUAAUCAUUCGUUAUUUUGGCAGAAUCUUGCUCCUACUAAGUUAGGUGGCGGUGAACCACCGAAAGGCGCUCUUUUGAGUGAAAUUAAAAAAGAAUUUGGAACACUCGAGGAUUUUAUCACGAAAUUUAAUACGACGACUGCAGCUAUUCAAGGUUCGGGAUGGGGAUGGCUGGGUUAUAAUAAAGCAGCUAAACGCAUCGAAAUUGUCACUCUACCAAAUCAAGAUCCUCUAACGACAUGUAUUCCACUUCUCGGCGUCGACGUCUGGGAGCACGCAUACUAUUUGCAAUACAAAAAUGCACGACCUGAAUACCUGAAAAAAAUUUGGGACGUGAUAAAUUGGAAGGCGGUAGCAGAACGAUUCGCUAAAGCUCAACAAGCUCAAUAA